AUCUACAAUCCGCUCAUCCGUAAAAUCGUUCUAUACCACCGCGGUAAAAGUCCUCCGUCGGAGUUCUUAUGUCUCUCUACUUGUGUCUUUCCGUGCUCACAAUACUCUCCUCAAUCCUCCACCCUCAUCUGUUCAUCCCGAAAAUCCAUAAUACCUGGCACCUUGGUAGCUAACUAGCACACGCAGUUGAAUUGAUUGUUUCAAAAGCCGGCGAAGCCUCCAAAAAGAGACGGUGCCAUGGAGAACGCGGGCCCUAUUCCGAAUAGAGAAGCCUUUCUCGCAAAGGACACUGUGUCAUAUAUAUGGAAAGGCCUUCAACUACCUGAACAUGCCCUCAAGUCUCUCUCGUUAGAGGGCCAUGGGCUUGGCCUGCCAUCUUCCUUCAAGGUUGGGCAUCUUGCCCAAAGCACCAUAGGGCUAUCUGCCCUGACAGCUGCACUUGUCUAUUCUAGUCGCCAUCAGUCAGCAGUACCCCGGGUCACAGUCCCUUUGACUCAUGCAGUCAUCGAAUUCAAAUCGGAACGCCUCUAUGUGUUAGAUGGGAAGCCCACACCUUCUCCAUGGGGCCCCAUUGGAGGUCUCCACAAGACAUCAGACGGGUACGUCCGGAUUCAUGAUAAUUUCCCCGUGCAUCGCCUAGGGGCACUGGAACUGUUAGGGCUGCCCCCGAAUGCUUCAAGGAGCGAUGUAUCCAGCCAGACCCAAAAGUGGAAAUCAGUUGAUCUGGAGAAGGAGGGGAUCGAGAAGGGACUUGUAAUCUCCGCACUUCGAUCGUACAAGCAAUGGGACGUGCUACCACAGGCCAGCGCGAUUCCCGACUUUCCAAUCAUCUUGAAGAGAACAUCCAGCGUUACUUCCAGGACCAUAUCGUCUAGCGCUGGAAUCGACAGAUGUCUUCGCGGCUUACGCGUAGUGGAGAUGAGUAGAAUCAUUGCAGCACCAGUGGCCGGCAAGACUCUUGCGGCACAUGGCGCCGACGUGAUAUGGGUAACCUCGCCAAGUCUCCCCGACCUUCCCGUCCUGGACCGUGAUCUUGGAAGAGGGAAACGAACCGUUCAGCUCGACAUCAAGCACCCGGAAGAGAAAACCAAGCUUUUCGACCUGCUCCGCACGGCAGACGUCUUCAUUCAAGGAUACAGACCUGGUAGCCUCGCAUCUCACGGCCUAUCGACCGCGGACAUCAUCGCCAUCAAUCCGAAUAUAGUGAUAGGUAACAUGUCGGCGUAUGGGCCUUACGGCCCAUGGGCUCACAAUCGAGGCUUCGACUCCCUUGUGCAAACAUGCUCUGGCAUGAACAUUUCCGAGACGGAGCAUUAUGGUGGCGGUGAGCCGGCUCGACCCACACCUUGCCAAGCUCUAGACCACGCUGGUGGUUAUCUUCUUGCUACCGGUAUCAUGGCUACUUUGUACAAACGUGAAACCGGAGACGGGAUCUACGAGGUUGACGUAUCGUUGGCUGGCGUCAUGAAGUAUCUCAGGAGCUUAGGACAGUACCCCGAAAGGACAGGAUUUGAGUGCACUGACUACUCGAGCCCGGGGGAAGUUGAAGAGUAUUUGGAGACACGAGAGAGUGGAUUUGGGUCACUAAAAGCGGUGAAACAUUCUGCGAAGAUUGAAAGUGUGGAAGUUGGCUGGGAUAUCAUGCCCAAGCCGCUCGGCAGCGACGAGCCCAGAUGGCCGUUGUGAAAAGUUUUACUAUUGCGAGUCAAUCGCUACAUAAGCACCGCGCCGAGUGUCCAGGUAACGCCAGUGCACUCCAAAUCAGUUCGUUCUUCUCAUCUCUUUGAGAUGGUCUCCACUCUCAUGAUAUAGGAUGUCGAAUCCUUGAUUCUUUCAAACUUUU